CCAGGGAUGAAGACGCAUUCCGCCCGCCUGUUAGCCGGAGUAGCCUGGCAUGAAGGCCUGGCUAUGCUCGGCGGUGGACGGCGUAAUACUGACGGGGGGUGGGGUGCAUUGCUGCACGGCCAACUUGCACACUGAGGGUGAAAGUACGGUCGCGCCGUUGCCCAGGUGUGUUGCUUCAUCGAAAUCUAGCUUCGAACCCGCUAGCUGUGCCCGCACGAGUCAUCUCCAAAUCUAGCACAGUUUGGGGGGACGUUCUUCGGUGUCACGCAAUGUGUCCGACGUGGCCUAAAAUUACGGCCGCACCUAGGUGACGAAUUCUAGUGACAUUCUGCUAUUGGCCACCGAAGUCUAAAUGCUAUCACUUGCGCACGGAGCCACAACUAUUUGAACUCGCUUUACUACUCUGGGAGUUGGCCUGGCCCUCGGAGUGCGUUCACGGGACUAUCAUCGCGUUGACCUAAGCACAGCUUUAUUAUUGAAAAACGCUUGCUGGCAUUGACCUUGAUCUCGGAGGAGCUGCCGCAAAUGCAGUUGGCGAUAUUGGAUGCCCGCCUUCGCAGUGGGUUGGCUGCACGGCCCGGCAACUCAAAUCGCAUGUGUGCUUUACCAAAGGGCCCACUGGCCUCUCGGCCGGCCCGUCGCGGCGUUGUUGUCCGAGCCGAUUUCCAGUCGGCAUCGCCAACUGUAUCUAAGCCGCGCUCUGGCUCAGACAGUGACAGCGAAGAGGCUUCCACUGGAUGGGAGCGGCAGAACGCGUUCUGGCAAGCGCCCCGCGGCUACAAGAAAGCCGUCAUGUUGCAGGGCUUUGCCUGGGACAGCUGCUUCAAAAACGCCUGGUACAACACCGUGGCCAGCAAGGUAGACGCCAUCAAGGCGGUGGGAGUGACGCACGUUUGGUUGCCGCCGCCGUCCCAGAGCGUGGCGCCGCAGGGCUACCUGCCCGGCCAGCUGUACAACCUGAACUCCAAGUACGGCACCAAGGAGCAGCUGGUGCGGCUGACACAGGCGCUUAGGGCGGCGGGCAUCAAGCCCAUCGCCGACAUCGUUAUCAACCACCGGUGUGCUGACGAGCAGGAGGGCGGCGUGUGGAACCGCUUCCGUGACGAUGUCGACCACAAGGGUCGGCGGCUGGACUGGGGCCGCUGGGCCAUCACCUGCAAUGACCCGGAGUUCAAGGGGCAGGGCAACCCCGACACGGGUGACGACUACGGUGCCGCGCCCGACCUCGACCACGCCAACCCCGAGCUGCGGGCUGCGCUGGUGGACUGGUUGGGCUGGCUGCAGCGCGACAUCGGCUUCGAGGGCUGGAGGCUGGACUUUGCGCGCGGCUACGGCGCCCAGUUCGUGACGCAGUACGUGGACGCCACGGUGGGCGCCGACAGCCUCAACGUGGGCGAGUACUGGGUGGACCUGGUGUGGGCCGGCAGCGACCUCGAGUACAACCAGGACGCGGCGAGGCAGAGGCUGUGCGACUGGAUCAAGGGCAACGGCGAGCGCUGCUGCGCCUUUGACUUCCCCACCAAGGGGCUGCUGCAGGAGGCGGUCAAGCGGGCGCAGUACGACCGACUGAGGGACCGGCAGGGCAAGGCGCCGGGGCUGGUGGGCUGGUGGCCGGGUAAGGCGGUAACUUUCAUUGAGAACCACGACACGGGCAGCACGCAGCAGCACUGGCCCUUCCCCUCCAGCCACGUCAGCCUGGGCUACGCCUACAUCCUCACACACCCGGGCGUGCCCUGUGUGUUUUGGGACCACCUGUUUGACUGGGGCGAGGACGUGCGCAAGGCCAUCACCGGCCUGGUGGCGCUGAGGCGGCGCGCCGGCCUGCACUCCGAGAGCAAGCUGGAGAUCCUGGCGGCGGAGCCCGACAUGUACGUGGCGCGCGUCGGAGAGAAGGUGACUGUGAAGCUGGGUCCGCGCUAUGACAUGGGCAACCUGCUACCCAAGGAGGCCGAGGGCUGGAAGUUCGUGAUGAGCGGCAAGGACUGGGCGGUGUGGGAGAAGACCAACUGACCGCGUCGCCGGCCAGCCGCAAGCACUGAUGAGGAGCAGCAGCGGCAGCAGCAGCGGCGGCAGGAGCUGCAGCGGCAGCAGCGGCGGCAGGAGCUGCAGCGGCAGCAGCAGCCAGCGCCCCGGGCGCCCUGUGGCCUGUCGCGGAUGUGGCUGGGCGUGGGGACGUGCGGCGCAUGGCAAUGGCCGAGUACCUGCGGCGGCGUGCCUCCCUCCGGCGAUGAACGAGUAUGUGAUUUUGAUAGGCCGGGGCAUGCGGCACAACGAGAAAGCUUUUGCAACGCUGAUAUUUAAGUUGACUUCUUUCUCGUGGUAGGCUAUGCCCUGCGCUUGGAUUGCUGAGCAUGCCAUCAUUGGCUUUCAUGAUUGUCUUGUGAACGUGCAUUCACGGUGGCUAGGUGGACAGGAUAGGAUUAUUUCAUGUGAACAUGGCAUAAUGCAAGCAUGCGAUGCGUGUGCGUGUCUUGAUUUGCGCCAAGGGCGGGGGAGGUGGACUUGCAUUGGCACAUGUGCAGGGUGUGGCCGGUGGGACAGCCGGACAAACGAGCGCUUACAGCGUUAUGGAGUACACACCACAAAAUCAAUGGGCCGCACGUCGUGUUCGUGCCCAUAACCUUUUUGCAUCUGUACAUCACCAAUUACCAUCCGUACAUGGAUGUAAUGUUGGUAACAGAUGCAACCGUUGUGCGUUUGUUGCAAACAUGUAUGCACACCGCUGGCGGGGCGCGGGGAAUUAUUGGCCUUAGGUGCUCCAGCCGCGUGUGUUUUGUGUUUGUGUGCAUGUGCGUGUACGCUGCGUGGAGGCAAUUAUCUCUGGUGCUGGAUAAGGAAAGGAGACGCGUGAAGUUUGACGCGUUUUGAAGGCGGGUUAGGGCUGCACUUGCAGCCAUCACGGCGGGCGGUGUGGCAUGGCGUCUGUGCGGCACGCGGUGGCAUGGCGCUGGUGCAGGAUACCUUUUGGCGCAACCACAUCAGCGAGCAUUAUCUUGGCCGCCGCGCAGGCGGGCGUGGGCAUGUGUGUGAGAGCGCCCACCAACUACAUCAUCCCGCCCUUGAAGCGGACCGGGAGCACCAUCGACAUCAUGUUCGCUUGUGCGUGUUGCGUUUCUUCAAGCACGUCAACACCAGCUCUGGGCAGCAGCCGGAAGAGGACGAUGCGUGGAACCGCGCACAUCAGUGAAUGCCUGGUGUCCAGAGGCGCAUUGAGGGCUUACAAUCGGUGUGCGCCAUCCGUCCGUCGGUGUAAAAAUGUUGUGCG